AUGCGCUUCUACCACGCGCACCUGCCGUGGUACAUCGACGUCGGAUCGCAGAACCCGGCCGGAGUGACGCUCUACGACAUGUUCACCGCCAUCCACAUGUGCAUGAUGACACCGAUCGAGAACGCGGACUACUACAACGUCGAGAUGAACUCCGAAGCGCGUGCGCAGGUCGCGGACGCGUGGGCAGCACGGUGUCGGACGGAGGGGGAGCGCCAGCAGGGCAUCAGGCGUGUCGACUAUCUCAUGGGGCGGUGCAUCAUGGAGGGCAUCCAGAUGGGCAAGGACGGGAUGUGGGAGAUUAGGACGAGGAGAACAGACCCUUUGGUAGGCUUCAACUCCGCUGAGGUGAUCCGAAGGUGCGAGAGUCGUUGA